CCUUAUCAAAACAACCAUCACGUUUAAUCAUAAGCCUCGUCGUAAGUAUCACGCGACAUCUCUCGACCAUGCCCGUAGCGACAGUACCUGCGCGAGGGGGCCCAUCGGGCCUCAAGAGCGGGAUGGCGCGGCCCGUCUCCGACGCUGCCAGUGCACCAGGAGGGAAGGGCAAAACCGGCGGGAAGGCGUUCGGGGCGAAAAGGCAUCGGAAAAUUAUGAAGGAUACCAUACGCGGAAUUACCAAACCCGCGAUCCGCCGCCUUGCCCGCCGUGGAGGAGUCAAGCGCAUCUCAGGUGGCAUCUAUGACGAGGUGCGAACGUGCCUUGAGCAGCGGCUACGACAGAUACUACAUGAUUGUGUUGCGUACACCGAAUAUAGGAACGCAAAGACUGUGACUGUCUCCGACGUCAUCUUCAGUCUUAAACGGAUAGGACAGCCGAUCUACGGCUUUGAUCCGGCUACAAACUAGUUCGCACUUCCGACAAAGCCAGGGUAUAGGAUACUUUGGCUAUGCCUCUCCUUUUCUGUCGGCCUUGGUAUUUACACACUCGUCAGUUCGGCGUUUGGAGUUUCGGUAUCACCCAACGUGGUCACGUCUUGUCACAUUUUCCAGGACGCCAGAGGUGAAAGGAUAGGUGUACUUAUGCUUGGUCCAUGGCAUGAUCGUAUGGGUAUGAUUUGUGCUGCCGCUCCCAUUUUUGACAGUUGAGCAAGGCUUGUCACCGGGCAAUGGUUGGCUAAGCAUGGCGGGAAGUGGUACGAAGGUCUAUGGUCUCAUCACUAAUCAGAACAACCCGGAAUGAAUGGGAGGAUAUGUGCUAUGGAUUUACUGUAUAGACUGAUGAUCAUGAACUUGGGCAUCACUCCUUGUUAUUGCAUCCGCCUAUAUCGACGCGUGCCGAGAAACGAUCGUGGCCGUUGAAAAAUAGAAGACCAAUCAUCAACCUCC